AUGGAAAGUAAAAAUAGAAUAGUGUUUCCAGACAAGCGUAGUGUGAAGCUGUUGAAGAGUCAGAGCAUUAAUGUGAACUGGUACCAGUACUGUCCAGAGACGGCCGUCAUCCUGCUGUCCACCACCGUGCAGGGAAACAUCCUGCAGCCCUUCGCCUUCAGGAACGGGAGCAUGUCCAAGAUGUCCAAGUUUGAGAUCGAGCUGCCGGUCGUCCCUAAACCCGCCAAACUCAGCCUGUCGGAGAGAGACAUCGCCAUGGCAACCAUAUACGGUCAGCUGCAUGUCAUGUAUCUGAAGCAUCACUCAAGAACAGCCAACAGCCCCAGUGCAGAGGUGGUGCUGUACCACUUACCAAGGGAGGGUGCGUGUAAGAAGAGUCACGUGCUGAAGCUGAACACCACGGGGAAGUUUGCUCUCAACAUCGUCGACAACCUGGUGGUGGUUCAUCACCAGAGCUCGCAGACGUCUCUGAUCUUUGACAUCAAGCUGAAGGAGCCGGACUGUGCCGUCACACACCAGCCUGUCUUACCGGCCCGCUCCAUACACCCCUACAGGAUACCGCUGUCAGGUCCAGCAGUGGUUCCCUCUCAGCCUCCGGUGCCGUGUCAGCUCUACUCUUCCUCCUGGAGCGUCUUCCAGCCCGACAUCAUCAUCAGUGCCAGUGAAGGUUACCUGUGGUACCUGCAGGUGAAGUUGCCUCCAGCUGUCAACCUGCUGCAGGACAAAGGCAAACUGAUGGACUUCCUGUUAAGGCGGAGAGACUGCAAGAUGGUCAUCCUGUCUGUCUGCUCACAGAUUCUGGAAGGCGGGGAGAAAGGAAGUCUUCCAGUUGUGGCGACCGUCUUUGACAAACUCAACCAGGUGUAUAAAGAAUACCUGGAGGCAGAGCAGACCUACACUGUGGCGAUGGAGUCCGGUCCGGGUCGAGGCAACGCGGCCCAGAAACGUCCGGUCAGAACUCAGGCGGUCAUCGACCAAUCAGACAUGUACACACACGUCCUGUCUUCCUUCACAGAGAGGAAGGGUGUCUCCCAUAAGUUCAUCAUUGCUGUACUGAUGGAGUACAUCCGCUCUCUGAACCAGUUCCAGAUCACUGUCCAGCAUUACCUGUAUGAGUUGGUGAUAAAGACGUUGGUUCAACACAACCUGUUCUACAUGCUGCAUCAGUUCCUGCAGUAUCACGUCCUCAGUGACUCCAAACCACUGGCCUGUUUGCUUCUGUCUCUGGAGAGCACGUACCCUCCUGCUCACCAGCUGUCUCUGGACAUGUUGAAGCGUCUGUCCACAGCCAAUGAUGAGAUAGUAGAGGUGUUGUUGUCCAAGCAGCAGGUUCUGGGCGCGCUCAGAUUCAUCCGGAGUGUCGGCGGACAUGACAACGUGUCGGCCAGGAAGUUUCUGGAUGCGGCGCGACAGACGGGAGACCAGAUGUUGUUUUACACGGUGUUCAGGUCCUUUCAGCAGAGGAACCAACGACUGAGAGGAAGCCCCGGAUUCAACCCUGGAGAGCACUGCGAGGAACACGUGGUUCACUUCAAGCAGCUGUUUGGGGAACAGGCGCUGAUGAAACCUUCCACUGUCUGAACCACUGAGACCAAAAACACUGUGGAAACUAAUCCUGGAUGCCGGCAGACCAUGGAGUAGUAGAGUCUCUCACAGGAUGGACAUGAGACGACCUGACGGGGUCACACACACCAACAUGUGGGACAAAUCAU